GUUUCGGAUAAAUAGGUAGUCGAGGUUUUGUGAUUUCUGUUGUAUUUGUAUAGGUAAUUGCGGUUUUUAUCUAAAUUAAUUAAUUUACUUACAGGAAAUUUAGACAUAACAUCACAUUUUAUUUUGAAGUCGCAUAAUGUCUUUGAACACUAAGGAUGUGGUGCUCAAAGAGGAUAGACCCAAAACAUUGUUAUUACAAAAACACUCUGACUACUUAGCUCAAUACGGACUAAACAAGGAUGACUAUGAAUUUUGUAUGACGGAAUAUCUCAGGAUGUCUGGAAUAUAUUGGAGUUUAACAGCUAUGGAACUUAUGGGACAAUCAUCAAGAAUGCAGAAGGAAGAAAUCAUAGAGUUCAUCAGUUCGUGUCAGGACAGUGAGAGUGGAGGGAUCUCAGCCAGCAUUGGACAUGAUCCUCAUAUGCUGUACACACUCAGUGCUGUACAAGUUCUAGCUAUGUACGACCGUUUGGAUGCUAUUGAUGUGGAAGGAGUUGUCCGAUUUGUUUCCACUCUGCAGCAAGAAGAUGGAAGCUUUUUUGGUGACAAAUGGGGGGAAGUGGACACUCGUUUCUCGUUCUGCGCCGUCAUGUGCCUUUCUCUGCUCCAUCGUAUGGAUGCAAUUGAUGUUAGCAAAGCAGUGGACUUUGUGCUCAGCUGUAUGAACUUUGAUGGUGGUUUUGGGUCCAAACCGGGCUCUGAGAGUCAUGCAGGGCUAAUAUUCUGCUGUGUGGGUACGCUAUCUAUCUGCAAUCGCAUGGAUGCUCUGAAGGCCGACGAGCUGGCGUGGUGGCUGUGUGAGCGACAGUUGCCCAGUGGUGGGCUUAAUGGGAGACCGGAGAAAUUGCCGGACCUGUGCUAUUCUUGGUGGGUAAUGUCAUCCCUGUCAAUGCUAAACAGGAUACACUGGGUGGACAAGAAGAAUCUGGAACAAUUCAUCCUAGCCUGCCAAGAUCCAGAAACUGGAGGUUUCAGUGAUCGACCCGGAGAUAUCACUGACCCAUUCCACACCCUGUUUGGCUUAGCAGGCCUUUCCCUCCUAGGAAACACCAGUAUCAAACUAGUAAAUCCUACUUAUUGUAUGCCCCAAGAAACAAUUGAUAGGUUAAGAUUGAAACCACAGAUAUUAAAUGUUUAAGAAUUAAUUUAUGGACAAUUUUGUAUAUUUUAUUUUUGUUAUUAAAGUUUAUUUAUGACAAUGUUUU